CUGGAUUCUCGCCUAGUAGAUCUCGCAUAAUAAUCGACCGAUUUAAAAACAAGCAAAAAUGAAAUUUUUAGUGAUCGCUUUAGCUUUAUUCGUUGCUGUUUCGGCAGUAACUGAAGAGCAAAAAGAAAAAGUAAGGAAAUAUGGUUUGGAGUGUGUUGAAGAGUCAGGAGCUGAUAAAGAAGAAGUCAAGAAAUUAAAAUCUGGAGAAACUACAGAAGUUGAUCAUAAAGUUAAGUGCUUCGUUAAAUGCUUCUUCCGUAAGACAGGUUUCUUCAACGAACACGAUGAACUCCAAGAGCAAGUAACCGUUGAUAAAUUGAGCUUGGAUGCCACUGCCGAAACCCGUGAAAGUGUACAAGAAGCCGUUAACAAAUGCAAGGGAGAAACCGAUGCCGACCCAUGUGUCAAGGCUUUCAAAAUCUUCAAGUGCUACCAAGAUUUGAAACACGUUUCCUUAGUUUAAGCAAAUUCAAAUAAUCAUUAAUUUUUCAAUAUUACCAUAGAAACAUAUUUUCCUCCUUUUAUGCCUAACACAAUUACAAAUUUUCCGUUAUACUUAAUUCGUUGAAAUCAAGUGUCAUAAUUGUACUUACGAUAAAAAUAAACUAUUUCU